CACCUCAUUCAGAAAUCAUCAUACUGCAUUCGAUUCUUGCUUUGCACCCAAUCCCAGUACGCAGCUAAUCAUCGGUCGACCAAAGCCAAUCCAGUGAUUGACACAGCUCCAUCCUCCAUCUCCACCUCGACCAAGAAGAAGGUAGCAGUAGCAAAUCGCAAUGGCGGGCGUGGGUCGUAACAUGGUGGCGCCGCUGCUGGUGCUGAACCUCAUCAUGUACAUCAUCGUCAUCGGCUUCGCCAGCUGGAACCUCAACCACUUCAUCAACGGCCUCACCAACCGCCCCGGCGUCGGCGGCAACGGCGCCACCUUCUACUUCCUCCUCUUCGCCAUCCUAGCCGGGGUCGUCGGCGCCGCAUCCAAGCUCGCCGGCGUGCACCACGUCCGCACCUGGCGCGGGGACAGCCUGGCCACCUCCGCCUCGUCGGCGCUGGUGGCCUGGGCCAUCACGGCGCUGGCCUUUGGCUUGGCGUGCAAGGAGAUCCAUAUCGGCGGGUACCGCGGGUGGCGCCUCCGGGUGCUCGAGGCGUUCGUCAUCAUCCUGGCCUUCACGCAGCUGCUCUACGUGCUCGCGCUGCACUCUGGCCUCUUUGGGAACCAGUUCGGUAACCAUGCCGGUGGUGGGUAUCCGGCGGAGCAUGCCUACGGCGCCGGCGUCGGCGACCCGCAUAACAAGGGCUUGGGCACCGGCGGCGUGGCCAGGGUGUGAAUAGGAUAGGUCCGUCCGUCGUCUAUCUCGGCGUGGUUGCCUUGGUCUGGAUAGCAAGUUGUGGUAUGUAUAAUGUAUGUAUGUGCCACGUCUGAGUGUACCAGUAGCGUUUCUUUCUUUAUGUUAGCACUAUCUAGCAGCUUUGCGUUGUUCUUGUGAUGUACUAGUCCGAUCCAUGGAUGCUUCUUCUCUACCCGCUGCCGUCUGGCAAUGUCUGCACGGACAAAGUUCAAUUUAGUAGUACGAUCAAUCAAUCUGCUUCUUCA